CCGCCGCCGCCAGCCCGGCCUGGGCGGCCACGCAACAAAGGAGCCACCCGGCGCUGAGCCCCGGCACCCCCGGCCCGGCCUUGGGCAGAGCCCAGGGCAGUCCAAUGGAUCCCAUGGUGAUGAAGAGGCCUCAGCUGUAUGGAAUGGGUGGGAACCCCCAUUCGCAACCCCCGCAGAGUGGCCCGUACCCCACCGGCUCCUAUGGGCCCCCAGGUCCCCAGCGGUAUCCAAUCGGCAUCCAAGGUCGGACCCCAGGAGCCAUGGGGGGAAUGCAGUACCCACAGCAGCAGAUGCCGCCUCAGUAUGGACAGCAAGGUGUGAGUGGGUACUGCCAGCAGGGCCAGCCGGCCUACUACAACCAACAGCCGCCGCCUCACCUCGCCCCGCAGGCGCAGUACCUGCAGUCCCAGCCCCCGCAGAGGUACCAAGCUCAGCAGGACCUGUCUCAGGAAGGCUAUGGAACUAGGUCUCAAGCUCCUCUGGCUCCCGGCAAACCCAACCAUGAAGACUUGAACUUAAUCCAACAGGAAAGACCAUCCAGUCUACCAGAUCUGUCUGGCUCCAUUGACGACCUGCCCACAGGAACAGAAGCCACUCUGAGCUCAGCAGUGAGUGCGUCAGGCUCCACGAGCAGCCAAGGGGACCAGAGCAACCCGGCUCAAUCACCUUUUUCUCCACACGCAUCCCCACACCUCUCCGGCAUCCCAGGGGGCCCAUCACCGUCUCCCGUCGGCUCUCCAGUGGGGAGCAACCAGUCGCGCUCCGGCCCCAUCUCUCCUGCCAGCAUCCCAGGCUCUCAGAUGCCUCCACAGCCUCCUGGGAGCCAGUCAGAAUCCAGUUCCCAUCCUGCCUUGAGCCAGUCUCCAAUGCCACAGGAACGAGGGUUCAUGGCAGGCUCCCAGAGAAAUGUCCCGAUGUCCCAGUAUGGACCCCAGCAAGGUGGGCCAUCCAUGUCACCUCACCCUUCUCCUGGAGGUCAGAUGCACCCAGGGAUCAGCGGCUUCCCACAGAGCAACUCCAGCGGCACCUACGGGCCCCAGAUGGGCCAGUACGGACCCCAAGGUAGCUACUCCAGACCCCCAACAUAUACUGGGGUGCCCAGCGCAAGCUACAGUGGUCCGGGACCUGGCAUGGGCAUCAAUGCCAACAACCAGAUGCAUGGACAAGGACCAAGCCAGCCGUGUGGUGCUAUGCCCCUGGGACGGAUGCCACCUGCUGGCAUGCAGAACAGGCCAUUUCCGGGCAACAUGAGCAGCAUGACCCCGGGCUCACCCAGCAUGUCCCAGCAGGGAGGCCCAGGAAUGGGACCCCCCAUGCCUACGGUGAACCGCAAGGCGCAAGAGGCAGCUGCUGCAGUGAUGCAGGCAGCCGCCAACUCGGCCCAAAGCAGGCAAAGCAACUUUCCUGGCCUGAACCAGAGUGGACUCAUGGCCUCCAGCUCCCCCUACAACCAGCCUGUGAACAACAACACCGGCCUAGUGAACACCCAGGCGCCCCCUUACAGCAUGGCAUCCAACAUGGUCAACAGCUCCACAGCAUCUAUAGGUCUUGCAGAUAUGAUGUCUCCAGGUGAAUCGAAGUUGCCCAUGGCCCUCAAAGCAGACAGCAAAGAAGAAGGCACUGCCUCGUCCGAGAGCAAGGCAAAGGAUAGCUACAGCUCCCAGGGGGUCUCUCAGCCUCCCACCCCUGGCAACCUGCCAGUGCCCUCCCCCAUGUCCCCCAGCUCUGCUAGCAUCUCCUCCUUUCACGGGGAUGAGAGCGAUGGUAUCAGCAGUCCAGGCUGGCCCAAGACUCCAUCUAGCCCUAAGUCCAGCUCGUCCACCACGACAGGGGAUAAGAUCACGAAGGUGUACGAGUUGGGCAGUGAGCCCGAGAGGAAGCUGUGGGCUGACCGCUACCUGGCGUUUAUGGAGGAGAGGGGCUCUCCCGUGUCCAGCCUACCCGCCGUGGGCAAGAAGCCACUGGACCUCUUCCGCCUCUACAUCUGCGUCAAGGAAAUAGGGGGCCUGGCUCAGGUUAACAAAAACAAGAAAUGGCGUGAACUGGCCACCAACCUGAAUGUUGGUACAUCGAGCAGUGCAGCGAGCUCCCUGAAGAAGCAGUACAUCCAGUACCUGUUUGCAUUUGAGUGCAAGAUCGAGCGUGGGGAGGAGCCACCGCCUGAAGUCUUCAGCACCGGGGACACCAAGAAACAGCCCAAGCUGCAGCCGCCCUCUCCUGCUAACUCAGGGUCUCUGCAAGGCCCCCAGACCCCUCAGUCAACUGGCAGCAGCUCGAUGGCAGAGGGUCCUGGUGACCUGAAGCCACCCACCCCGGCAUCCACCCCGCACGGACAAAUGACCCCAAUGCAAGGUGGCAGGAGCAGCACCGUCAAUGUACAUGACCCCUUCUCCGAGGCCAGCGAGUCGUCCUUCCCCAAGCGGAACUCCAUGACCCCAAGUGCCCCCUACCAGCAGGGCAUGGGCAUGCCAGAUGUGAUGGGCAGGGUCCCCUAUGAGCCCAACAAGGACCCCUUCGGUGGGAUGAGAAAAGUGCCUGGAAGUAGUGAGGCCUUCCUGGCGCAGGGGCAAAUGCCCGCCAGCAGCAUGCAGGACGUAUACAACCAGAACCCCUCAGGGGCUAUGUCUGCUCUUGGCAUGGGGCAGAGGCAGCAGUUCCCCUAUGGAGCCAGCUAUGAGCGAAGGCAUGAACCUUAUGGACAGCAGUACCCAGCGCAAGCGCCCCCCUCAGGACAGCCGCCAUAUGGAGGGCAUCAGCCCGGCCUGUACCCGCCACAGCAGAACUAUAAGCGCCAUAUGGACGGCAUGUACGGGCCCCCAGCCAAGCGCCACGAGGGAGACAUGUACAACAUGCAGUAUGGCAACCAGCAGCCGGAGCUCUACAACCAGUAUGGGGGCUCCUUCCCGGGCCCUGAGCGGCGGCCACUGCAGGGCCAGUACCCCUACCCCUACGGCCGAGAGCGGAUGCAGGGCCCAGGGCAGAUGCAGCCACACGGGCUCCCACCACAGAUGCUGGGCGGCCCGCUGCCCUCCUCGUCUGGCGAGGGCCCUCAGCAGAGCAUGUGGGCAGCCCGCAACGAUAUGCCUUAUCCCUACCAGAACCGGCAGGGCCCCGGCGGGCCUGCACAGGCCCCCCCUUACCCAGGCCUGAACCGCACGGAUGACCUGAUGGUGCCCGACCAGAGAAUCAAUCACGAGAGCCAGUGGCCUUCGCACGUCAGCCAGCGGCAGCCUUACCUGUCAUCGUCCGCCUCCAUGCAGCCCCUCGCGCGGCCCCCUCAGCCCUCGUACCAGACCCCACCGUCACUGCCCAACCACAUCUCCAGGGCGCCCAGCCCUGCCGCCUUCCCACGUGCCCUGGAGAGCCGCAUGUCCCCGAGCAAGUCCCCAUUCCUGCCCUCCAUGAAGAUGCAGAAGGUCCUGCCCUCAGUCCCCACGGCCCAGGUGGCUGGGCCGCCCCCCCAGCCACCACCCAUCCGGCGGGAGAUCAUCUUCCCUCCGGGAUCGGUAGAGGCCUCGCAGCCAGUUCUGAAACAGAGGCGAAAGAUUACCUCAAAAGACAUCGUUACUCCCGAGGCCUGGCGUGUGAUGAUGUCCCUAAAGUCAGGUCUUUUGGCCGAAAGUACGUGGGCUCUGGACACUAUUAAUAUUCUCCUGUAUGAUGACAGCACUGUCGCUACCUUCAGCCUCUCCCAGUUGUCUGGAUUUCUCGAACUUUUAGUAGAGUACUUUAGAAAAUGCCUGAUUGACAUUUUUGGGAUUCUUAUGGAGUACGAAGUGGGCGACCCCAGCCAAAAAGCACUUGAUCACCACGCAGCAAAGAGCGAGGAGGGCCAGGCCGAGGAUUUCGGGCGAGAGGAGGAAGACGCUGGCUCUCUGGAUGAGGACGAGGAGGACGAGGACGAGGAGGAGGAAGAGGAGGAGGACCACAAGGCCAGGGAAAAGACAGCGGCAGCAGGCGAGCAGGAGGCCGUGGCAGAGGACGAGAAGGAGGAGAAGAACCGAAGGGUCCCUCGGAUGCCUGAGACAUCUGCGGAUUCUGGGGAGAAGCCCAGGCAAGCCAGCAAGUUCGACAAGCUGCCCAUCAAGAUCGUCAAGAAGAACAACUUGUUCGUGGUCGACCGGUCGGCCAGGCUGGGCCGCGUGCAGGAGUUUGACAGUGGCCUCCUUCACUGGCAGCUAGGUGGUGGGGACACCACGGAGCACAUUCAGACUCACUUUGAGAGCAAAAUGGAGAUUCCCCCGCGCCGAAGGCCACCACCACCCGCACCAGGCCCCACAGGCAGGAAGAAGGAGCCAGAGGUGAAAGGCGAAGAAGCUUCUGUCAGUGCAGUCCCUACAGGCGAGGAGCCCCUAGAGAAGAGCAUCCUGGCCACCAUCGAUGAUGUACUGUCAGCUCGCCCGGGUGCCCUGUCCGAAGAUGCCCACCCAGGCCCCCCGGCCGACAGCGGCAAGUUCCCCUUCGGCAUCCACCAGGCCAAGAGCCACCGCAACAUCAAGCUGCUGGAGGAUGAGCCACGAAGCCGGGACGAGGCACCGCUGUGCACCAUCGCGCACUGGCAGGACUCGCUGGCCAAGCGCUGCAUUUGUGUGUCCAACAUUGUCCGCAGCUUGUCCUUUGUGCCUGGCAAUGAUGCCGAGAUGUCCAAACAUCCGGGCUUGGUGCUGAUCCUGGGGAAGCUCAUCCUCCUCCACCACGAGCAUCCAGAGAGGAAACGGGCCCCGCAGACCUACGAGAAGGAGGAAGAUGAGGACAAGGGGGUGGCCUGCAGCAAGGAUGAGUGGUGGUGGGACUGCCUCGAGGUCUUGCGGGAUAACACGCUGGUCACGCUCGCUAAUAUCUCCGGGCAGCUGGAUUUGUCCGCAUACACGGAAAGCAUCUGCUUGCCGGUCCUGGACGGCCUGCUGCACUGGAUGGUGUGCCCGUCGGCCGAGGCCCAAGACCCCUUCCCAACAGUGGGCCCCAACUCCGUCCUGUCUCCCCAGAGACUCGUACUGGAAGCCCUCUGCAAGCUGAGCAUCCAGGACAAUAAUGUGGACCUCAUCCUGGCCACGCCGCCCUUCAGCCGGCAGGAGAAAUUCUACGCCACAUUGGUUCGGUACGUGGGGGACCGCAAAAACCCGGUCUGCCGCGAGAUGUCCAUGGCGCUCUUGUCGAACCUUGCCCAGGGGGACGCGCUGGCGGCCAGGGCCAUCGCCGUGCAGAAGGGCAGCAUCGGCAACCUGAUCAGCUUCCUGGAGGAUGGGGUCACCAUGGCCCAGUAUCAGCAGAGCCAGCACAACCUCAUGCAUAUGCAGCCCCCGCCUCUGGAGCCCCCGAGCGUGGACAUGAUGUGCCGAGCCGCCAAGGCGCUGCUGGCCAUGGCCCGCGUGGACGAGAACCGCUCGGAGUUUCUCCUGCACGAGGGCCGCUUGCUGGAUAUCUCCAUCUCAGCCGUGCUGAACUCGCUGGUGGCGUCAGUCAUCUGUGACGUUCUCUUUCAGAUCGGGCAGUUAUGACCCGAGGUGCGCGUGAGUGAAGACGAGAGGCUCCCCGUGUAACUGGCUCUUUUCUGUUCUUGUUUCUCCAGCGUAGAAAGAAGGAAAAGAAAAAAAAAAAUCUUUGCUCCUCUACCCCCAUUCACUAUUUACCAAUUGGGAAUUAAAGAAAUCAUUAAUUUGAACAGUUAUGAAAUUACUAUUUGCUGUCUGUGUGUACAAGUACAUCCUUUGGGGGUUGUUUUUUUUGGGGGGGUU